AUGACGGAUUUAUCGCUCGAAAAUGAAAUCAUACCUUUCAGAUACGGGUAUUUAUUGCCGGAACGGAAAAAGCGGCCGCGAGUUAGGGAUCGGGAAUUUGGCAAGAGGGCCGAGAAAAUGGUUCUUGUCACCGGCGAUGACGUCACGAGAAUGAGGAAUUUUGGGGAUUUGGGCAAGCGGACAAGAUGGGGCGGCGGUGAUUGGGGCAGAACGUGCGGUGGUUUGAAUGGGGUUUUAUUGUGUGUGUGCAGGUUUAUGACUGUUUGUUUGCAGAUGGCAAUUAAGGAGAAGAUAAAUAAA